GUCUUUUCCUUAAGUCCCUCCCCGCUCUCUCUCUCUCUUUCAGCAAUUUUUAGAUAUUUUUCUCACUUCCCCCCCCCCCAGUGUAUUCAUUGCUUUCCUUUCUGGCCUUAAAAAUGGAAGAAUUGGGUUACUUGUGGAAUUAUCAAGAGAAUCUUGAUGAACUGAAACUGAAGCUGCAAUACAGUUCAAUUCAGCUAGAGUCUGUGAAAAUGGAAGCCAAUGAGCAGAUAAGGAAAUACAAGGAGGAGCAAAAGUUGAUGGUGAAUCUAUUGAACCUUGCAUACCAAGAAAGAGAUGAAGCAAGGGACCAAUUACAAAAGCUACUCAACAAAUUCAUGCCUUGUCCUCCCCCCCAACCUGAAACUCCUCUCAUGGUUGCUGCAAAAACUAACUCAAGCAUCACUGAGUCAAAUAGUUUAUCACAUGGUUCACCCCCAGUGGACUCUUUCUUUGAUGCAGUCACUUCACCAGAUUUUCCCACCAUUAAAAUGCCUGCUGAUUCAACUGGAAUGGGGCUUUUGAAUAAUCAGCCCUUUGUUCAAAAUGGGUGUGGUUUUGUCCCUUCCAUGGUGAGUCCCAAACCUGAUGGUGAAACAGCUGUGAUUGACAAGCUUGCAAAGGGCAAGACUUUGCCUGAAAAGGGCAAACUUUUACAAGCUGUAAUGGAAGCUCGCCCUCUCUUACAAACACUGCUCCUUGCUGGUCCCCUUCCUCAAUGGAGGAACCCUCCUCCUUCAAACACUUUCAAAAUCCCUCCUGUUUCCCUCAAUGUCUGUGAUUCUAAACCUGUGGUCGCCCCAAAACGAGUGAACUCGUCACAGUACCUUGAAAUGAGUCGUGGGACUCGGCAAAUGUGUUCAACAGCCAUGUUGAGUUUUGCAAGUUCUGGUGCUGGUGCUGGCGUUAACAAUCAAAUCACAGUAACAAAGCGGCAAAGGUUCCAAUGAGUUUCUUAACAGAAGCUUUUUUGGGUGUCCUUUUUUGUAAAGAUAAAAAAAUUUGAGGGUGUUGCGGUGUAAAUUGGUUACUCAUUUUUAGGGGGUUGAAUUGAAUGAUAUACAUAUACCAUAGUUGUUUUACACUUUCUUAA